CAACUAGUACGCAGGUUUCUGGCGUCUAGCACAAACGUCAGUAGCGAGACGGGAACCAGAGCGCUUCAUCGCGGCCGCAAUCAUGUCGCGUGCCGUGCUUUUUAUUAGUGUUUUUACGAUAUUUUUGGACGUCCUGCAAGCUAGCCAGGCGACAAACGGCGCAGAGCCUCAAGUCGCAGUGCUAUGCGAAGCCGGUGCAACCUACCAUCCGCAAUACAUGUCCGCCGCUGGACGAUGGACACCCGACCUCACGACUAAGCCCCACAAUUGCUUGAAGGACAAGAUGGAAAUUCUCGAUUACUGCAAGAAGGUGUAUCCAAGCCACGACAUUACUAACAUCGUCGAAGCGUCCCACUACGUCAAAGUUAGUAACUGGUGCAAAUUGGGCUCCAGUAAUGCUGCCAAGUGCAAGGUUACCAGAUGGGUGAAGCCCUUCCGUUGUCUUGAAGGCCCAUUCCAAUCGGAUGCGCUGUUGGUGCCGGAGAGCUGUCUCUUCGAUCACAUCCACAACCAGAGUCGUUGCUGGCAAUUCUCCCGCUGGAACGCAACCGCUGGACGUGCGUGCGCUCAACGUGGACUCCGAUUACGUACUUUCGCUAUGCUCCUUCCUUGCGGUAUUAGCCUUUUCUCUGGAGUUGAGUUCGUGUGCUGCCCUAAGCACUUCAAGGAAAACGUUAAGAUGCAUAAGCCAAUGGACGUCGGCGUUCCAGUGAGCCCUGGUGGUGAAGAGAUGUUGGCUGCUUCUGCUGCUAUGGAUGAGCGUGAUGACGAACUUCUUGAUGAUGAGGACUCUUUAACCGAUGAGGAUGAUGAUACCCUUAACCUCAACGACGAUGACGAUGAUGAUGAUACUGAUGAUGAUAUGGAUGAGGAUGAAGACGCAGACUUAUCCCGUGACGAUGAUGCUGAAGACGACGACUACACUGAUAGUGAUGACUCGGCCUGGCCCCGACCAGAAUCUUCGGCUUCCCCGUCGACUACCACAUCAACCACUACAACGACAACUACUACCACUACGGCUUCCACUGCUACCUCCGACCCUUACUUCUCGCAUUUCGACCCCCGGACUGAACAUCAGAGUUACAAGGAUGCGCAACAACGCCUUGAAGAAACUCACCGAGAAAAGAUUACCAAAGUUAUGCGUGAAUGGUCGGAACUCGAAGAUCGCUAUCAACAAAUGAUGACGUCAGACCCAUCCACCGCGCAGACUUUCCGCCAACGCAUGACUGCUAAAUUUCAAGCCAAUAUCCAAUCACUAGAGGAGGAAGGAGUAUCUGAGCGUCGCCGACUUGCUGCCCUGCACCAACAACGUGUGCUUGCCCACCUCGCUCAACGCCGCCGCACUGCGCUCACGUGCUAUACGCGUUCCUUGAGGGACACUCCUCCUAAUGCCCACCGCGUUCAGAAAUGCCUGCAGCGUUUAGUCCGUGCUCUGGCUGCUGAGCGUAGCGGAGCCCUGGCCGCAUGGCGUCGUGCUGCCGCCGCUGGACGAGAAGCCGCUGCUGCCGAGCGUGCUAGUGCUGCUGACAGAUUACAGGAUGCUGACCGUGCCUUACAACGCGCUCUUACCUCUCUCCGCCGCCGUCCUCAUCUCUAUGCCAGUAUUGGAACCGCUAUCGAGGACUACGUUCAGUCAAUGCAAUCUAAGGACGACAUGGCUGUUUCUCUGAUGUCUAUGACUCCUGAGGCCGAAGAAUUACUUCUGGAUCGCAUCGAAGCUGAAGUACAAAGAGAACAAGCUGCUCGUGAACAACUUAACGCGAAGAGGGAUCAACGUACUCGUCAGCGACAAGACAUUCAGAACGAACGUGUCAGGACCUCCAAUGGUGUGAAGGAAAGCGAAGAAGCCGAUGACGAGGCCAGCGAAAUAAACGAAACUGAAGACACAACUACCGUAUCGACAACUCAGACCUCCGCCGCGCCUUCGGCGUCCCCCUCACCCUCGGCAUCUGUCUCCGUACAUGACCUUACCACCCGAUCGGCUUUCACUCAAGAAACUACUACUACUGAAAUCAUUACCAGCACGAUGACCGACGCUCCGGAGAGCGAAACGGAAACUAGCGAAGUUAGCGAAACCUCCAGCCGACGAUCAACUAGCGAGACUGAGGGCGAAGGUCUGCGCGCUGCCUUGGAACAAGCUGAAGAGAGAGCGCCGCCCCCACCAGCUCACGCUCUGAAACAUGAACUGCAACACACCCAACCUGGAUUCACGGUCCGCGGAGCUAGCCCGAACAGCAGCGGGUCCGGCGCACUGUACCCCGCACUGUGCGUGGGCGGCGCUGCUCUGGCGGCCGCCGCCGCAGUCGCGCUGGCCGUCGCGCGCCGUCGUGAUCGCGCACCCUCCGCGCAAGGAUUCGUGCAGGUGGAACAGACCGGCGCUGUCGCUCCUACUCCUGAAGAGCGACACGUAGCCAACAUGCAGAUCAACGGCUACGAGAACCCCACCUACAAAUACUUCGAAGUCAAGGAGUAAAUCUUCUCCUCCCUGCCACCGCCCAUCAGACCUGCCUUACAUUCUUCUUCUUACUUCGGAAAGCGUUAGCAAGACAACUUAUAUGAAUAUGUCUAAUCAAGAUCUCGUUUCGCUUGUCAUUUCCUCGAGGUUCAUUUGAGAACAUUGACCAUAGCUUAAGAGCUCAAUAAUAUCUUAUAAUGCUUUCAUGUAAGUUUUAAAAUAUUAAACAGCAAAAAAUCAAUGUAACGCCAUCUAUUGGCAAUAAAGUUAGAUUUUUAUUCUUGUUUUAAUAUGCGUUUUUGUUGAACUCAAAUGAACCGAUGAAGGGAAAUUAGAAUGACAUCUGUUUAUGUUUUAUUUGUGACGUGUGCUAGAAUCCCUCAUCUCUUUACCCUCUCCUUAUAUCUAUUUCCUCGAAUAAUUAAUUCUUUAUGGAAUGAAUGUGUGUGACGAUUAAGUGAAUUGUUCUUCGACCGUAAAGCGGGCCUGGUGGUUAAUGUUCUAAACGUUCAUUAUAAUAAUAAAGCUUGUGUGAUUAGUCAACAUAUUUUUUGCGAUUUCUCGCAAUCAGUCAAACUAGACCUAACUGAGAUUAGAAUUUAUAUUGUUUUAUAUGUUAUUUUUUUAUGUUUGCACCAAAAUAUUUAUUUGAAUUUAAGGUUAGAUCUAAGUUUCGUCUAGUAUCCUAGAAUUCAUAAGUGUCACCUUGUAGUCGAGUUAUUUAAAUUAAGUUUUCGAGACCGCGUCUCGAGUGAAAACGCGCAAUGGAAUGAAAUACUCACUUUUGAUAUUGUUUAACAUUUAAAUUAUCAUUCAAAUAUUUCGAUAUUAAUCUCACGUUAGACUAUACUUCAAAUAUUUAUUUCCACGUUAUGACAAUUCGCUGCGCGUCGUCACUUGAGCUUGUGGAACAAACGUCCAUGGUACGCUGUGUAUAUAGACUCCGCGUACAAAUUCGAACCUAAAUUUACUUACUCUUAAAGCCCGCUUUCUUUUUCUAACGUAGGUAGAACAUAACGUGAAUUUUAUGUAAUAAAAUGCGAAAAUAUAUUUUAAUAAUUAUGUGUACUUAGCAAUGGGACGGGCGGCAAAGCCGGCGCGGGUGAACGCUUAGCCUCGUAGUCUUCUUCUAGUCAAAGAUCCCAAAUCCUUAAAUCUGAGGUACUUGAGCGAUUUCUCUCGUGAUCGCAUCGAGACGUACCUCGGAUACAUACUCCUGUCUCUCUCCCCUUUCGUCUUACUUCGUUUACCCGCGGGACAAUACUAAUAGUUCCCGAUAGGAAAGGACUGUGUACUCAACGUGUGCGAAAGAGAUAUAAAAUCCAAACGCGCGAUUCGAGAAGUUCAAAAUUAAGAGCUUCGUAUAAUCUAGUCAAAAAUAGGUGCAUUUGAAAAUCUGUUUAGUUUAACGGUUGUGUGCGCACAUUGGGUACUCGGUGACGCCGAAGCAGUUAAGCUUAGUGAGUGUAUGUACGGUUAUUAUAUAAGUAGAUGUACAAAAGUAAUACAUUAUAUAGAUGUUUUAGCGUCAGAUACAUAGAUAUAAAGCAAAAUAUAAUUAUAUAUUGCAUUCGUCCGAUUAAUGUAAGGGCUUGCGCUCGUGUCUAUUCCCACGUACCAUUCUUAAUGUUACGCCGUAGUUAAGAUGUAAUUCUGCCUCAGUAUUAUAUACAUUUAAGCUUAUUUGUUACAUAAGCUAAUUUAUAUACACUAAUUCUAUUUGUUUACGGGCGAAGUGGCGUUGCUACGUUAAGGAAGUCAUAUCAGAUGCGCCGUGGCGCUGUACUUUCUUCACUCGGACACGUUUGUAAAAUGUUACCUCGCAGUUCGGAAGCCCGACGAGAGAUGGCGCUGUAAGCGUGUCGUUGUGAAAAAAGGUUUGAGUAGGCGCCCGCCCGUGGCUUGUACGGCAUUUACGUAAGUUUACUCACUGUAUAACGUAAGUCUAAUCCUGCAUCAAGUAACCGCUGUAUUUUUACUAAUAACUAAGUAACGAGCCGACCACUUAUUUUUUUAACAAAACUUUUUGCUCAAAAUCAGCUGUUUCUCGUCGGUAUUGAAGUAUGUUCUGUAUUCGAUGUUUAAUAUUUCGAUGUCAACAAUAUUCAAUGUUCGUAGUAUAACCCUGGUUUAUGUAAUUUCAAAUCACUGUUUCACGUAUUUUGAGAAUAUAAUAAAUGGUUUGAAAUC